GAAUAGGCGAACUGUGAGGAGCGAGGGAGGAUCUGUAGAGUUCAGCAGCUGCAAGGAACUCAGAGCUCCCUGUUCCUUAGCUGAAGAGCUCCUUGGAUGUCUGCUCUGACAGAUUUUAUCCAUUGAUGUGUGCCACUGUUUUUUCAGAUAGUAAACAAAGAAUUGCUUUGCACCAAGCCAGAACGGACACAUUGAAGGAAUUAUCCGAAAAGAAUAAUACAUAGGAAUGAUUGUGAAUAGCCUCUCCCUGUGCUACCACAACAAACUCAUCUUAGCCCCUAUGGUUCGGGUAGGGACUCUCCCAAUGCGGCUGCUGGCCCUGGACUAUGGAGCAGACAUCGUAUACUGUGAGGAGCUGAUAGAUCUCAAGAUGCUUCAGUGCAAGAGAGUUGUCAAUGAGGCGCUCAGCACAGUGGACUUUGUCGCUCCUGAUGACCGAGUGGUCUUCCGCACCUGCGAAAGGGAGCAGAGCAGGGUUGUCUUCCAGAUGGGGACUUCAGAUGCAGAGCGAGCCCUUGCUGUGGCCAAGCUUGUAGAAGAUGACGUGGCUGGUAUUGACGUCAACAUGGGCUGUCCAAAAGAAUAUUCCACCAAGGGAGGAAUGGGAGCUGCCCUGCUAUCAGAUCCUGAUAAGAUUGAGAAGAUCCUCAGCACUCUUGUUAAAGGGACACGCAGACCUGUGACCUGCAAGAUUCGCCUCCUGCCGUCGCUGGAAGAUACCCUGAGCCUUGUGAAGCGGAUAGAGAGGACUGGCAUCGCUGCCAUUGCAGUUCAUGGGAGGAAGCGGGAGGAGCGACCUCAGCACCCUGUCAGCUGUGAAGCCAUCAAAGCCAUCGCAGAAACCCUCUCUAUUCCUGUCAUAGCCAAUGGAGGAUCUCAUGACCACAUCCAAAAGUAUUUGGAUAUAGAGGACUUUCGACAAGCCACGGCAGCCUCUUCAGUGAUGGUGGCCCGAGCAGCCAUGUGGAACCCGUCUGUCUUCCUCAAGGAGGGUCCAAGACCCUUGGAGGAGGUCAUGCAGAAGUACAUCAGAUACGCGGUGCAGUAUGACAACCACCAUACCAACACCAAGUACUGCCUGUGCCAGAUGCUACGCGAACAACUGGAGUCGCCCCAGGGAAGGUUGCUCCAUGCCGCCCAGUCUUCCCAGGAAAUUUGUGAGGCCUUUGGCCUUGGUGCCUUCUACAAGGAGACCACACGAGAGCUGGAGGCCCGGCGGGCCCAACUCUUGGCCAGGAGCCCAGAGGAGACAGAAGAGCCAGCCGAAGACACCUCUGGCGUCAUUAAGAUGGCUGUCAAGUUUGACCGGAGAGCAUACUCGCCCCAGAUCACUCCUAAGAUGUGCCUGCUGGAGUGGUGCCGGAGGGAGAAGUUGGCACAGCCUGUAUAUGAAACGGUUCAGCGCCCCGUGGAUCGCCUCUUCUGCUCUGUUGUCACUGUUGCUGAGCAGAAGUACCAAUCCACCUUGUGGAACAAGUCCAAGAAACUGGCGGAGCAGGCUGCAGCCAUCGUCUGUCUGCGGAGCCAGGGCCUCCCCGAGGGUCGGCUGGGUGAGGAGAGCCCCUCCUUGCACAAGCGCAAGCGGGAGGCCUCUGACCAAGACCCUGGGGACCCCACAGCUCAGGAGCCAGCUGUGCCUGGGGAGCUCUGCAAGAAGCCCUUUGUAGCCUUGGCAAGCGGUAAAGAGAGCCCCCUGCAAGGCUGGUGACUUCCAUCCCUCCCCUGGUCACCCCCUCCUUGGGCCUGGCCCUAGGAUGGCUGUGGGUGCAGAGUGUCAGCCAGAUGCCAUUGGACACUUUGCUGCCCCUGCUCAGCAGGACUUGAGAGGCCAGCACCUGGAGCUCAGGCCAAGGGGUGCCCCGAGUGCCCAUCUCCCUUGGUGGGUCUGAGUAGCAAGCAAAACUCCCAGUGACCUCAGUAUUUUCUUUGAAAACAGGAACUUUUCAGGUGGCACCUCCCAACCUGACAUUGGUACAGUGCAAUAAAGACACCCUCCACCUUUACCCAUGGCUGGCUGCUUCAGCCUUGGUACCUUCACACACUGA